CGUGUGGGCGCCCAACGCGUCAGGUGGCGCGAUGUCGUUCUCCUAUUCCCGUCCGCGCAGCGGCUCCCUGUCCGCCGCCUCGGGGCGCUUCUAUCCGGCUUCUUCCGCGGGUUCCGUGCGCGGCAGCUCCAGCGGUUCCGACUCCUGGUUCUCGUUGUCCCGGCUGCACGCGGCGCUCCCGGCAGCGCGGGCCAGCGCGGAUGUGGCUCCCACCUGGCUGGGCCCGGGCCGGCAGCAGGAGGCGCUGCAGGGCUUGAACGAGCGCCUGGCCGGCUACCUGCAGCGGGUGCGCGGGUUGGAGGUGGCCAACCGAGCCCUGGAGGAGGAGAUCGCCGCCAUCCGAGCGCGAAAGGCCGGCGCGAUCGGCCAGAAAGACUGGGAAGCCUGCGAAAGGCCCCUGGCCGAGCUGCGCAAGCAGGUGGAAGACCUCAAUUUGGACAAUGUUAAGCUGCUUCUGCAAAUCGAUAAUGCCAGGUUGGCAGCUGAUGACUUCAAGCAUAAACUGGAUGCAGAGCAGGCUAUGUGUGACAGCGUGCAAAAGGACACGCAUGGGUUGCGCAAAAUGAUCGAUGACACCAACUAUUCCCGCUUGAAGUUGGAAGGGGACCUGGAGUCCCUCAGAGAGGAGCUGGCUCACUUGCGCAAAAGCCACCAUGAGGAAGUGGAGGCUCUCAAUGCUCUGAUCGCCAAAUCUGACAUAACAGUGCAGGUGGAUAAUCCGCAGAAACAUGACCUGAGCGAGACCAUCGCUGAGAUCCGCAACCAGUAUGAGAAAAUGGCUGAGCAGAGCCGUUCCGAGGCUGAGGACUUGUACAAAACCAAGUUUGACUCCAUGUCUCAAGAAGCAGACGUGAAUGCCCAGGCGCUGGAAGAAGCCAAAAGCGAGUUGACGGAGCUUCGUCGGCAGCUCCAGGGAAUAGAGAUUGAGCGCCAGACUCUGCAGAAAAUGAUAGACACGCUGGAGAACACCUUGAAGAACACAGGAGAGCACUAUCAAAAUGAAAUGACCAAUCUCAACCAUAUCAUUGCCAAGCUGCAAGAUGAGCUGGCAGCCUGCCGCGCUGACUUGGAGAGGCAGGCCCGAGACUAUGAGGCCUUGCUAGACCUCAAGACCAAGCUAGAGAACGAGAUUGAACACUACCGUAGCUUGAUCGAGGGGGCAACAGACAGAGGGGAGUUGCAGAACUCAGGCAAAGCAGGACUCUUUUGGCUGUGGCUUGGUGUGAAGAAUGCUAAACUGAGUAAAUUGUUCAACAUGCACAGGGGCUCCAAGCACAUGCCAUAUCAAGCCAGUUAGCUGUACUCAAGUAUCUUCAGGAAGUCAGUUCUAUGCAUUGGAGGAUGUAAUGCACACAUACAAAGCUUGAACUCAUAUUUACCAGUGUAUACCCUAGGAACCAGCCCUGUUUCUCAUUGACAAGCAGCAGUUGCAGUCUCAAUUGAAAGCUGCACAGGUGUCCUC